AAAAAGUCACACAGCCAUAGUUACUGAGAGGUGAAAUGGAACAAAAAAGGAUUAAGCUGGACUUGGACGCCUUCUCAUGUUCAAUCUGCUUGGAUUUACUGAAGGAUCCGGUGACUAUUCCCUGUGGACACAGCUACUGCAUGAACUGUAUCGAAACCCACUUUAAUAAAGAGGAUGAGAAGAAGAAAAUUCACAGCUGCCCUCAAUGCCACAAAACCUUCAUACCGAGGCCUGUCCUGGAGAAAAACAUCAUGUUGGCAGCUUUAGUGGAGCAGCUGAAGAAGACUGGACUCCAAGCUGCUCCAGCUGAUCACUGCUAUGCUGGACCUGAAGAUGUGGCCUGUGAUGUCUGCACUGGGAGGAAGCUGAAAGCCAUCAAGUCCUGUUUAUCUUGUCCGGCCUCUUACUGUGAGAAACACCUCCAACCUCACUAUGAUGCAGCUCCAUUACAGAAACACAAGCUGGUGGCCCCCUCCAAGAAGCUCCAGGAGAACAUCUGCUCUCGUCAUGAUGAGGUGAUGAAGAUUUUCUGUCGUACUGAUCAGCAGAGUGUCUGUUAUCUCUGCACAAUGGAUGAACAUAAAGGCCAUGAAACAGUCCCAGCUGCAGCAGAAAGGACUGAGAAGCAGAAGGAGCUCGAGGUGAGACGACUAAACAUCCAGCAGAGAAUCCAGGAGCGAGAGAAAGAUGUGAAGCUGCUUCAACAGGAGGUGGAGGCCAUCAAUGGCUCUGCUGAUAAAGCAGUGGAGGACAGUGAGAAGAUGUUCACUGAGCUGAUCCGUCUCAUCCAGAAAAGAAGCUCUGAUGUGAAGCAGCAGGUCAGAUCCCAGCAGGAAACUGAAGUGAGUCGAGUCAAAGAGCUUCAGGAGAAGCUGGAGCAGGAGAUCGCUGAGCUGAAGAGGAAAGACGGCGAGCUGGAGCAGCUCUCACACACAGAGGAUCACAACCAGUUUCUACACAACUACCCCUCACUGUCAGCACUCAGUGAGUCUACACACUCAUCCAGCAUCAAUAUUCGUCCUCUGAGGUACUUUGAGGAUGUGACAGCAGCUGUGUCAGAGACCAGAGAUAAACUACAGGACAUUCUGAGAGAGGAAUGGACAAACAUCUCACUGACAGUCACUGAAGUGGAUGUUUUACUGUCACCACCAGAGCCAAAGACCAGAGCUGGAUUCUUAAAAUAUUCACGUCAAAUUACACUGGAUCCAAACACAGCACACAGACGUCUGUUAUUAUCGGAGAGGAACAAAAAAGCAACAUUUAUGAAACAAAAACAGUCUUAUUCUGAUCAUCAGGACAGAUUUUCUGAAGGGGAGAGGGUCCUGAGUAGAGAGAGUCUGACUGGACGUUGUUACUGGGAGGUGGAGUGGAGAGGGAGAGGAGUUGAUGUAGCAGUCGCAUACAGGAAUAUCAGCAGAGCAGGGAGCUCAUAUGAGUGUGCAUUUGGUGGAAAUGACAAAUCUUGGUCAUUAUGUUGUGAGACAAACAGCUAUGUUCUUUGGCACAACAAUGUCCACACUGACCUCUCAGGUCCUCAGUCCUCCAGAGUAGGAGUGUACCUGGAUCACAGAGCAGGUAUUCUGUCUUUCUACAGCGUCUCUGAAACCAUGACUCUCCUCCACAGAGUCCAGACCACAUUCACUCAGCCGCUCUAUGCUGGAGUUCGGCUUUUAGAUCAUGGAGACACUGCAGCGUUCAUUAAAGUGAAAUAGUCAGAAGUCAGUAUUGGACAAUUGGUUAAAAUAUGUGUCUGACUUUCCAGUUUCUUGGUAAGAUUUAUUUAUCUCAUGUCAAGAACAAAAUUCACAAAGUGCUUUACAAUACAGAAAUAGGUAAAGACCAAAUUAAAAUAGCAUAAACAGAUGAAACUAUAUAAAACCAAACCAGGAAAGGGAAUUUUUAAGUUUCUUUUUAACAAUAUCAACAGUGUCCACAGAUUUUAGCUCUAGUAGAAGCGAGGUACACAGUACCACUCAUUGUCACUUAGAGCUCAUGGUUGUUUCCUUUCUUACAUUUCUUAUUGUACUAAAUGAAAUUGUCAGACAUUGUAGAAUGACGUCAAAGUGACACCAGAAAGUAAAUUCUGCCUAACCAGAGCGUAUUUGUACUCUGCAGAAGAUCAUAAUGUUAUUAAAUGUAAAUCCUGCUUUGUGGAGUUUGUUACAUUACAUAUUCUGAACGGAUGCAUUUUCUUUGAGAAAAUUUUUAUUUAAUUUUGUGUAUUUUUGUGUAUUUUAUCGAUGUUGGUGUGGUUAUGUAACUCAUUACUCUUGUAUUUUUACAUCAUGUGUGGUAUAACAGACUUUUUUCUGAAGUGUGUUUUAAUGUUCAGUUAUAAGGAUUUAAUUAAGUCAGGUGUGGCUGUAAAUGAGUACCAUGAAUAUGUACGCUUUACGGUAAUUUGGGGUAAAUUACAGCCCUGGACAGCGUGUUAUGGAACAACUUUAAUGUGAUAUGAGGCUUGUAUUAAAAAGGUCCUCUUGAUGUUUUUUUUUGAUUUACGCUGAAAUAAAAAUUUGUUUGUGGA